CUUCAGUGGGUGGAUGUAUCUGCAAAACAAAGGAAAAGCCCCUUUCCCAGCCCAGGCAGAGAAAUCUCCUGUACAGUUAGAGACAACAGGCUUCCGGGCACAUAGCCAAGGUUCUGGGGAUAUUUAUAACUUGAAGAGGGUGGGAGUCCCUAAUAAGCUGCUAUAUUCUUUUUCCAUCACUUCCCUCUCCAAGACUACAGUGAGCUCAGAGCUCUUCCCCGCGCAGAAAGCCUGCUUUGCCUAGAGCUGGACUUCCAUUGUGUAAUUCCCUCAUCCUGGCUGGGGAAAGGGAAGGCUGCAAGUCCUUCUGUUCCACGGAACUCCAGAUGAAUACAGUUUAGCUGCCGGUGGUAUUUUUUGGCUGACUACUGUGGCCUCGGGGAUCUGCCUGUGAGCCUGUGAUUUCUCAGAACCGUCUGAGAGUCUAAGCCUACGAUUUUUGGGCUUUGCCUGCAAGUCUACGGAUUCGAGAUCUGCCUGAGGUGGGUCUGAGAUCUCCGGGAUCUUCCAGUGAUCUCUAGAAUCUCUCUAAGUAUCAGAGGCCCGAGAGAACUAUCUGCGGCUUUGGGAUCCAUUUGAGGCCUCUUGGAUCUUGCAGCCGGCAAUCUAGUGGAUCUUUUGCAGAUCAGGAGCGCUGCCCGCUCGCUGCUUUUCCUGCUCUCCCAGGAGGCGAAUCCUUGUGCCCGAGAUGGCAGCCACCCUGCUCAUGGCUGGGUCCCAGGCACCUGUGACAUUUGAAGAUAUGGCCAUGUAUCUCACCCGGGAAGAAUGGAGACCUCUGGAUCCUACACAAAGGGACCUUUACAGAGAUGUUAUGCAGGAGAAUUAUGGAAAUGUUGUCUCAUUAGAUUUUGAAAUCAGGAGUGAGAAUGAAGUAAAUCCAAAGCAAGAAAUUAGUGAAGAUGUAGAAUUUGGGACCACAUCUGAAGGACCUGGUGGGAAUGUGGAGGAAAAUCCUGAGAGUGAAGAGACCUUUGAAAGCAGGGACAGGUCAGAAAGACAGUGGGGAGAUUUGACAGCAGAAGAGUGGGUGAGCUAUCCUCUCCAACAAGUCACCGAUCUGCUCGUCCACAAAGAAGCCCACACAGGCAUCCAAUAUCACAUAUGCUCUCAUUGUGGAAAGGCCUUUAGUCAGAUCUCGGACCUUAACAGGCACCAGAAAACCCACACGGGAGACAGGCCGUAUAAAUGUUAUGAAUGUGGAAAGGGCUUCAGCCGUAGCUCCCACCUCAUUCAGCACCAGAGAACACACACUGGGGAGAGGCCAUAUGACUGCAACGAGUGUGGGAAAAGUUUUGGAAGGAGCUCUCACCUCAUCCAGCACCAGACAAUCCACACUGGUGAGAAGCCUCACAAAUGCAAUGAGUGUGGGAAAAGUUUCUGCCGGCUGUCCCACCUAAUUCAGCACCAGCGGACCCACAGUGGGGAGAAACCAUAUGAGUGUGAGGAGUGUGGGAAAAGCUUCAGCCGGAGCUCGCACCUGGCCCAGCACCAGAGGACACACACAGGCGAGAAGCCUUAUGAGUGUAAUGAAUGUGGCCGAGGCUUCAGUGAGAGGUCCGAUCUCAUCAAACACUACCGAGUGCACACAGGUGAGAGGCCCUACAAGUGUGAUGAGUGUGGGAAGAAUUUCAGUCAGAACUCUGACCUCGUGCGGCAUCGCAGAGCCCACACGGGGGAAAAGCCGUACCACUGUAAUGAGUGUGGAGAGAACUUCAGCCGCAUCUCACAUUUGGUUCAGCACCAGAGGACCCACACGGGAGAGAAGCCAUAUGAAUGCAAUGCUUGUGGGAAAAGCUUCAGCCGGAGCUCUCAUCUGAUCACACACCAGAAAAUUCACACUGGGGAGAAGCCCUAUGAGUGCAACGAGUGUUGGCGAAGCUUCGGUGAAAGGUCAGAUCUAAUUAAGCACCAGAGAACCCAUACAGGAGAAAAGCCCUACGAAUGUGUGCAGUGUGGAAAAGGGUUCACCCAGAGCUCCAACCUCAUCACGCACCAGAGGGUCCACACAGGAGAGAAGCCUUAUGAAUGUACUGAGUGUGAGAAGAGUUUCAGCCGGAGCUCAGCUCUUAUUAAACAUAAGAGAGUUCAUACUGACUAAGUCUUGUAAUUAUGAUGACUGGGAAUUGAUUCACUUGAAAGUACAGUUUUAUUUGAUAUCAGUGAAAUCCCUUAUAAUGGUGAUCCCUUUAUCCUACUGACUAUCCUAGUUGUGAGUCACAAUUUCAAACAUCAAAGAAGACAAUCUCUUUGAAAUUCUGACCCACUUUCUCCAAAAUAAUAAUUUUUACUCACUCAAUAUUAAUGGAUUACUACAUCAGAUCACACAAGAAGUUGGAAAUCUGAAGAUCAGGAGACAAAUGCUGGUGCAUGCUCAAGCCUGGAUGUGGAGUAAAUCUUUAAAAAUUAUUUCUUUGAGCUUUGGCCCAAAAAGCUCUGCUAGGAGAACUGUAAUAGGGUGGUCACUGCUGCCUUGGGAAAAAGGCAACCAGACUUGGUGUGACUUGGCACAUUUAGUCACACCAUAGUAGUUGGGCACACGCUUCCGCUCCAAAGGGCUUUUUCCUUGAGUUGCUCACACAUUUGCAUCUUUCUGUCUUCCUGAGAGCAGAAUUCUGCACGAUGAAGGCAAUGAUCAUAACUUUUCUGCUUCUCAUCAUUUCUAUUUAAGUUGUUUAAAACUUGCAUCUUUGUGAAAGCUAACUGAAGAUACGGUGUGAAAGGAAAAAUGAGACACAGGUUGGAGGACCAGGGACCCACUGAAGGUGGUAGCUUUAGCAAAAGAUGCCCACUGCGUUAUUGUCAUUAAUCAGGUUCAUGAAACGGAAGGACAUUGUAGGGAACAUAUCUGCAAGGCAAGAUAAGAUGAUACGUGAUAUCGGAGUGAAAGGAACAAGUGGAACUAAUGGGGAAAGAGGCACAGUUAUUUCCCAAGGAACGUGGGUCAUUUCUGUGCCUGUUCCACUCUAAUCUUUAAGAUUGAUUCUCCCGAUACUGCUAACUCUAGGGUUCAGUGGGGCCACACCUCAGUGUUUUAUCUUAGCUUGCAUAAGGGCAUGUAUAUAAUACAGUGAAAUGUGUACACUUUGUUUUUUUCUAAUGGCUGAAACAACUCAGAAAGAAUGAGCAUGUUCUUGGGUGACGUGGAUCACGUGACAGAACUAACACAUAUAACUUCAAUGUGAGAAAUGUCCCUUUUUUCCAUUUGUUAUGGACAAAAUUUAAACGCGAGUGUUCAAGUGUGCACUCUCUUGUAAGGGUUGUCUUUGUACAGAACUAAGCACUCGAUUGUAUGCGUCCAUCAGUUGUGAAUGAUGACGACCAGACAGAUAGGAGAUUGUCCUAUUCUCAGAUGAAUUGUGUUCUGUGGCAAUGAAGAACUCAUUGGCGUGGUCAGAAGGAAUUAAUAAGCUUAAGUGGGAAUGUAUCUCCAUCUCCCCUGCCUACAGAUGUAAGUGGUUAAAAUAACUGACCCAGUCAGCCUCAUAAUGUCAGUUCUUCUUAUCUCUGCCUGAGUAGGAAUUAAUAAAUACUCAGAAUGUCCCUGUCCUAACCUGUGGGGACAGGAAGGAAUGGGUGCUGAGAAGCUGAGACUGAAAUAAGGAAUAUAUUUUCUUUUGAAAGUGUCCCGAAUGUAUUUCUGCUGUGCUUUAUUGUGAAUGUUGUAACGUUUUAAAACUUUUUUUUCCCCCCAUAGCUCUUUGGAAUUUGGUGGUAAAGGAGCCAGUGGUCUCUCUCGGGUAGUGUACCCAUAGCAAGUUACUAUAACCUACAACGGGGUGAGAAUGCCUCACCUGCAAAUGCCACCACCUCAAAACAAAACAAGCCUGUAAUCCCAGCACUUGGGAGGCUGAGGCAGGAGGAUCGCUGUGAGUUCGAGACC